UUGAGCUGCGCAAGUCCAGCCCUCCUGUGUGUGAAGCCGGCCGCCCAAGGCUAACCGCAGAGUCCUGCAACCCAACAGCAGGUCUGCUGGGUCCUCUUACCCUGUUCUGCCCUCUCCUCUUCUUCUCUCCCCCUCCUGUCUUCCCCUCCUUUCCCCUCCUCCCAGGCUCUCCCACGGUUCGGGCGGGUGUUCAGCCGCCCUAGCCACUGGGGCUGCCACUCCGCCCCCCGCGCUGCGCGGAGGCGCAGUAAUAACCCCGGCGCGGGCGCUGGAGUGGCGGCUGGAAUCCUGAGCCCAGCCUGAGUGGGAUCCUCGCUGCACGCUUGCACACUGGUAGCUGGCUGCUGCCCGGUUGCGGGACAUCCAGUGAUCCGCCCUCACGGCCGAGCGCCCCUGGAUAAAGGCCUGCGAACUGUACUCAGGAGCGCAACGCCAGCUUGCGCGGGGAGACCGGGCUAUGAGGGUCCCCGGCUGCGCGACGCUCUGGGUGCUGCUGCUGGCGCAGGUCUGCGUGCAGCAGGCACCUGCGUGCGCGAUGGAACCCGCAGCUGCAGCGGCUGGAAGCCCUAGCGUCCCGCAUCUGCCCCCUCCCCCGGAGCGGCCUGGAGGAAUGGAAACCGGCGAGUAUGACCUGGUGUCUGCCUACGAGGUUGACAGCAGAGGUGACUACGUGUCCCACGACAUCGUGCACCACCAGCGGCGGCGAAGGGCACUGGCCCAGCCAGGAGGUGACUCUCUGCACCUCCGGCUGAAGGGUUCCAGGCAUGACUUCCAGGUGGACUUGAAAGCUUCCAGCAACCUGGUAGCUCCGGGAUUCUUGGUGCAGACCCUGGGGAAGAGGGGCACCAGGGCCGUGCAGAUGUUCCCACCCGAGGACUUCUGCUUCUACCAAGGCUACCUGAGGUCCCACAGAAACUCCUCCGUGGCCCUUUCAACCUGCCAAGGUUUGGCCGGCAUGAUAAGGACCGAGGAGGCCGACUACUUCCUGACACCUCUCCCUCCACACCUGGCAGGGAGGCUGAAGGGCUCUGAGCAGGGUGGCCCUGCCUCCCACGUGCUGUACAAGAGAGCAGUGGAGCCCCAGGCCCCCCGAGCACCCACCGGCCUGCUGCUCACCAGGACCGGGGAGCCAGCCAGCCCAGGCCUGCAGGGCCUCAGUGACAACCUCGGGCUGUGGCACAGGCAGCACUUCUGUGGAAGACGCAAGAAAUAUGCACCCCAGCUCCCCACGGAGGACCUCUUCGUCCUUCCCGAUGAGUACGAGUCUGUCCCCCGGUGCCGGCGCUCACUCCUCAAGCCCCACCGGAAUAAAGAACUGAACGUGGAGACCUUGGUGGUGGUCGACAGGAAGAUGAUGCAGAACCACGGGCAGGAGAACAUCACCACCUACGUGCUGACCAUCCUCAACAUGGUGUCUGCUUUAUUCAAGGAUGGAACCAUAGGGGGAAACAUCAACAUCGCAGUCGUAGGUCUCAUCCUUCUAGAAGACGAACAGCCAGGGCUGGUGAUAAGUCACCACGCAGACCACACCUUGAGUAGCUUCUGUCAGUGGCAGUCGGGAUUGAUGGGGAAGGAUGGGACUCGCCAUGACCACGCCAUCCUACUGACCGGCCUGGACAUAUGCUCCUGGAAGAAUGAGCCCUGCGAUACUCUAGGAUUCGCGCCCAUAAGUGGAAUGUGUAGUAAAUACCGCAGCUGUACGAUCAAUGAAGAUACAGGGCUGGGACUGGCCUUCACCAUCGCCCAUGAGUCUGGACACAACUUUGGCAUGGUCCACGAUGGAGAAGGGAACAUGUGCAAAAAGUCAGAGGGCAACAUCAUGUCCCCCACGCUGGCAGGACGCAACGGAGUCUUCUCCUGGUCUCCCUGCAGCCGCCAGUACCUGCACAAGUUUUUAAGCACUACCCAAGCAGUAUGCCUUGCUGACCAGCCAAAACCUGGAAAGGAAUACAAGUACCCUGAGAAGCUACCAGGAGAGUUAUACGAUGCAAACACACAGUGCAAGUGGCAAUUUGGAGAAAAAGCCAAGCUAUGCAUGCUGGAUUUUAAAAAGGACAUCUGUAAAGCCCUGUGGUGCCAUCGCAUAGGAAGGAAAUGUGAGACGAAGUUCAUGCCGGCGGCAGAGGGCACCCUGUGCGGGCAGGACAUGUGGUGCCGAGGAGGACAGUGUGUGAAGUAUGGUGACGAAGGCCCCAGGCCCACCCAUGGACAUUGGUCGGACUGGUCUUCCUGGUCCCCCUGCUCCAGGACCUGCGGGGGAGGAGUGUCUCACAGAGACCGCCUCUGCACCAAUCCCAGACCAUCGCACGGAGGGAAGUUUUGUGAGGGCCCGACCCGCACCGUGAAGCUCUGCAACAGUCAGCCAUGUCCCCAGGACAGCGUGGACUUCCGCGCCGCCCAGUGUGCUGCGUACAACAGCCAGCGCUUCCGGGGCUGGCACUACAAGUGGAAGCCUUACACCCAGGUGGCAGAUCAGGACUUAUGCAAACUCUACUGUAUCGCAGAAGGAUUUGAUUUCUUCUUUUCUUUGUCAAAUAAAGUGAAAGAUGGGACUCCAUGCUCGGAGGAUAGCCGUAAUGUUUGUGUAGAUGGGAUAUGUGAGAGAGUGGGCUGUGACAACAUCCUUGGAUCUGAUGCUGCUGAGGACUCCUGCGGGGUGUGCAAGGGAAAUAACUCAGACUGCACGACCCACAGAGGCGUCUACACCACACACCACCACACCAACCAGUAUUACCACGUGGUCACCCUUCCUCCUGGAGCCCGGAGCAUUCGCAUCUAUGAAAUGAACACAUCCACCUCCUACAUCUGUGUGCGCAACGCCCUCAAGAGGUACUACCUGAACGGACACUGGACUGUGGACUGGCCCGGACGAUACGAAUUUGCAGGCACUACCUUCCGCUACAGGCGGUCCUACAAGGAGCCCGAGAGCCUGACCGCUGCCGGACCAACCAACGAAACGCUGAUGGUGGAGCUCCUGUUCCAGGGAAGAAACCCAGGCAUUUCCUGGGAAUACUCAGUGCCCCGGUUGGGAGCUGAGAAGAAACCCAUCGCUCAGCCCAGCUACACAUGGGCCAUCGUGCGGUCUGAGUGCUCCGUCUCCUGUGGAGGGGGGCAGAUGGCCACCAAGGAAGGCUGCUACAGAGACCUGAAGUUUCAAGUUAACACAUCCUUCUGCAAUCCCAAGACCCGACCCAUCACGGGGCUGGUGUCCUGCAAAGUCUCUGCCUGUCCCCCCAGCUGGUCCGUGGGGAACUGGAGCACCUGCAGCCGGACGUGUGGCGGGGGCACUCAGAGCCGACCUGUGCGGUGCACACAGCGGGCGAACUACAAGACGGAGACUGUCCCGGCCAGCCUGUGUCCACAGCCUGUGCCCUCCAGCCGGCAGGCCUGCAACUCUCAGAGCUGCCCACCUGCAUGGAGCGCCGGGCCCUGGGCAGAGUGCUCCCAAACCUGCGGAAAGGGGUGGAGGAAGAGGGCCGUGGCCUGCAAGAGCACCAACCCCUCAGCCAGAGCACAGCUGCUGCCCGACGCCACCUGCACCGCGGAGCCCAAGCCCAGGACUCACGAGCCCUGCCUGCUGAAGCGCUGCCACAAGCACAAGAAGCUGCAGUGGCUGGUGUCCGCCUGGUCCAAGUGCUCUGCGACGUGUGACAGGGGGACCCAGAAACGAUUCCUAAAAUGUGCUGAGAAGUACGUCUCGGGGAAGUACCGGGAGCUGGCCUCCAGGAAGUGCUUGCACGUGCCAAAGCCCGACCUGGAGCUGGCACGUCCCUGUGCGCUGUUCCCGUGCCCUGCGCACCCCCUACAGGCUGCCGCAGGGCCCCCACGGGGCGGCUGGGUUGCCUCUCCCUGGUCCCAGUGCUCAGCCAGCUGUGGGGGAGGUGUGCAGAGGCGUUCUGUGCAGUGCAUGGCAGGGGGCCGGCCAGCCUCUGACUGCUCACCACACCAGAAGCCUGAGUCCUCCCUGGCCUGCAACACUCACUUCUGCACCAUCCCAGAGAAGAAAGACACCUUCUGCAAAGACUACUUCCACUGGUGCCACCUGGUGCCUCAGCAUGGGAUGUGCAGCCACAAAUUCUACGGCAAGCAGUGCUGCAAGACUUGCUCCAAGUCCAACCUGUGAGUCGGACCGGCCCCCACGCAGAGAAGACACUGAGCAGCAGAGGAGUCUCAGCACAGAGUCUCUGUACCGUCCACAGUGGGAUGCCUCCAAGGAAGCUUCAGCUGGAACAGGGAACACAGUGCUAGGCCCUUUGACCCAGAGUGCAUGCACAAGUGUUUCAGGGUGAGGCACAUGCAUACCCGUGCCCAUGCGGUGCACGGUCUCCUGUUGGGGUGACCUGUGGGGCCCUGUGGGCUAAUCUCUGGCAUAUCAGGCAGGAGGGCCCACACUGUGAAGCAGGAGAAGCAGUGCUCAACCACAUUUACAUUCCAGCUAAAUCAGUCCAAAGACAGGCAGAGCUGACCAUGCUGAACACUAAACGAUUGGUGCUUUGUAAAAUGAAGGAGAGGCUGUGAAAUAAGAAAAGUGCACUAAUAUACCAGCUUCCCGCCUCACCUCAGAGGCCCCUCUGCGCUCAGGGUUGGAGGGGCAGGUGCUGUGGAGCUCCCUGGCUCUGCCCAGGUUCCCCCUCCUACCCCAGUGGCCAUGGGGGUUUAGGUCAUCCCUCAGGUGCUCCCAGGCCCCUGAUCUGGACAUUGCUUACGAACCCAAAGAGGGAAAUCCCUGCUCAAGGGCCUCUUCCCCUUCAGACGCAGGCGCUGGAGGAGAGACCUUCCUACUUACUGUUUUAUCUUUCUCAGUUACUUACCAGCGAGGUUUCCUAUUCGAACCUGUUUCUUAGUGCUUUUCUGGUUUAAAUGAUGGAUUGGAUGAACAGGUUACAGCAAGAUCUGACUCUCCCGGCAUUAGGGGUUCCUGCCAUGAGAGAUGUCUGCGGAGCAGUCUGUGUGAUCAUAACCGGAAGCCUUGCGGUCUGAUUUUGUGUGUCGUGGGGUUUUCAAAUUCAUUCUGUGAGUUUGGUUGUUUCUGUGGAACAGGUCGAGGAGGAAGGCCGGCUGCACCGUGGGCCUCCACCGUCUCCCUAUCCUCAUUGGUGCUUAAUUCUGGCUCCCCUCCUAUGGUGUGGCUCCGUUCUGAAUGGGCAUCUGGAUAUUUAUAUUUGCCGAAGUUUUAUAAUAAAUUUUAUAUUGUACGGAAA